CCGAGUCGACUUCUGUAAGUGAAGAUGCUUCGAUGCUACUUCGCGCAGUUUCUUCUGGCUGUUGCACUAUUUUGCUACGGAUCUGUAGCCUGGGACCAUGCUGAACCAGUCUCACAUAGCAGAGUGUGGCGUUCUUCUCGAUCGGCGGCCACCACCACGGACCAGAGAAUAGCGGCGUUGAAGGCAGUAAUCGAGUCGUCCCUCACUUUGCCUUCGUCACCUUCAUCUGCCAAAGGCAGGCUGCCACAGGUGUCUAUUCUCAGGACUGGCAACGCCAAUGGAUUGAAGAUAAUUCGCAAAGCAACCGGUGGUGGUGGACCGAAGCCAAGCUGCCGUGCUGCCAAUGAGGCGUACGGUGACUGUGGCGCCGACUGCCAGCUCGUGUGUGGACUACCCGUGCCUGACGGUGGUUGCCGCGGACACUGCAAGCCAGGAUGCAUAUGCAGGCACGGAUACAUUAGGUCAUCGGUUGCUGUUCCAUGUGUGCCAAUGUCCCGAUGCCAACCGGACUGCGGCCCAAACCACAAGUUCGAGGAGUGCGCUUCACUGUGCCCCGCCUACUGCGACGUGCGACCACGGCGCGGUGUGCGACUGUGCCGCAUGAACGCCUGCGUCUGCGCCGACGGGUACCUGCUCGCAAAGAACGGGACGACGUGCAUCCCCAGGGACCGCUGCAAGCGCUUCUGA